AUGUCUACCCACGAUGCAUUCUACGAGCUUCCUGAUUCUCUUGUUGCUUUCAUACUAUCAAAAACGCCAUUAAAAGACGCUGUCAAAUCUUCUAUUCUUUCCAAGAGGUGGAGGUUUCUCUAUACUCAAAUGCCUCAACUCACUUUCACUCCACGUGAUAUUUUCGGGCCUGCUUGCUUUUCUCGCUAUCCGCUCCUCAGGCCAAGCGUUGAGCAAAUUAUUUCCAACAUCUUAGUUCUGCACUCAGGCAAUCUGGAGGCCUUUCACCUGCACGGCACCAUGUCUGAUUUUAUCCACCGGCGGGAAUUCUCUCAUGACAGUGUGUGCAAAUGGGUAAGCGUAAAAUCUCUGUCUGUUAACUGCCCCAAACUCAAAAUUCUGUCGGGGUACAUGAUUGAGAAUUUGAGUGUGAAUGGUGUAAGGUUUUAUGAGCUUUCUUUUGCCAUCUCAAAUGUAGAAAUGCACUGUGGAGGUACUCUGAGGAAAUUGACCAUGUGUUUCUCACAAGAACAACGAAACAAUCCAGGAGUUAUUUCAGCGAGCAGAUUUCUUCACAUCAUGGGCAACUUCCAGUCCUUGAAGACACUUGUCAUACUCACGUCCAAUCCCUUUGAAAGGGAACCAGAUAUGGAUGUUUAUCUAUUUAACCUACUUCACAAGCUUCCAAAUCUUCAGGAGCUCUCUAUAUCGGACUUAUUUGUUCAGGAGUUGGCAAGAGACCCUAUACCUGUUUGCCUCACCCCUCCACAUCUUCAUCUCAAGAAAGUACGCGUAGGAAUUUGUGGGUUUGACCUUGACAAUAAAGAAGUUGCAGUAAUAAGUUGCUUGCUUCAGAGUAUGCCCUCUCUUGAAUUAUUGGAAAUUCAGCUGCCUGAUGUAUAUGAUGAUGAUGAUGGUCAAAUAUUUAUUGAUGACAGUCAACGUUUGAAGCUCCUGAAAGAUAUUUUGUAUAUGAGGAGAGCAUCCUUACUGGCAACGAUAGUUGUACUGGAUUAG